GUGACAGCAAGUCCGCUAUGCUUAUCACUUUAAUAAUUUUAUUAUUUUCUGCACUGAAAUGUACUGCAAAUGAUAUAUUAGGAUGCGGUGGAUUCGUCAAAAGUCAUGUCACUUUGGAUUUCUCUAAAAUAGAAAUAGGACUAUACACGAAAGAUGGGAGUCUCAAAGAAAAGACAGAAUGCGCUCCUACUAAUGGAUACUAUUUUCUACCUCUAUAUGAGAAGGGUGACUACGUAUUGAAGGUCCACCCACCACCAGGCUGGAGCUUUGAGCCAUCCACAGUUGACCUUUCUGUGGAUGGUGUCACAGACAAAUGUUCUGCAGGGCAGGACAUAAAUUUCGCCUUUAAUGGUUUCGGUAUAGCCGGUAAAGUAAUCACCGAUGGCCAAACCCAAGGUCCUGCUGACGUUGCAGUUCAACUAGUGAACAGUAACAACGAAGUCAGAAAUACUGUGACUGCUGUUGGCGGUGACUUUUAUUUUACUCCAGUUAUCCCUGGGAAGUAUACUUUGAAGGCUUCUCAUCCAAAAUGGAAGUUGGAACCAUCACAAUCUGUAGUACAAGUGAAGGAGGGCAACACGGUGCUUCCUUUAGGAGUGCUCAAAGUGAAAGGUUAUGAUGUGACUGGCUCUAUAAUUUCUUUUGGAGAGCCUAUCAGCGGUGUUUAUGUGCUUUUGUAUUCAAAAGAAGAAAAUCCCAAGUUUCGGGUAGAAGGUUGCAAUACAGCUUUACUUCAGGGUGUCCCAGAUUCACCAAUUUGUCAUUCUGUAACUGAUGCAUCAGGAGAGUUCAGAUUUGGACUUGUACCCGCUGGAGAGUACAAACUUCUGGUGUUGCCCACUUCACCCGGUCAAAUUGCAGUCACAUACAAUAUUAAACCUGAAUCAGUUCCAUUUGUUGUUAAACACAACAGCCUCUACAUCAAGAAUGCUUUUGAGGUUUCAGGGUUCACGCUAAUAGGAACGGCUGUAGGUUCUGUUGGCGGUAAAGGACUAUCAGGAGCAAGGGUGCUACUCGAUGGUAAAGCAAUAGGGAAUACUGAUGCUGCUGGAAAAUUUACCCUGGGAAAUCUGAAGCCUGCAGUCUACACUGUAGGCUUGCAACAUGAUCAAUGUGAAUUUGAAGAUAUUCAGUUAACUGUGACACCAAAUGGUCCGAGCAGCACAGUCAUCCUUAAAGCAUCGAGAUGGCGCGUCUGUGGGUCUGUGACUCCACCAGUCAAAACACUUAGAAUCACGCCUGAUCGUGGAUCUGCUGAGGUCUUGUCUAUUACUCCUGAAGAAACUGGUAAUUGGUGUACAUACCUUCAUCCUGGAGUCUACACAGCUAAGGUUGAAGUCACCGAGCAAGAACAGCGGGAUGGCUUACAGUUUUUCCCGCUCUCUCAACAAAUAUCGGUUGGGAGCGCUGCCGUGGAGGGAGUGAGGUUCUCGCAGCUGAAGGGCACAGUGCGGGGCCGCAUCGAGUGCCGGCAGCAGGACGAGUGCCGCUCCGUGCCCGUCACGCUGCGGGCCCGAGCCGCCGACGGCGCGCACCUCGGGGAACCCGUCACCACCCUCGCCGUCGAUGGCGAGUACACGUUCACGGACGUUGUGGCGGGGAGCGUGGAGCUGUCCGUGGGCGGCAGCAGGCUGUGCUGGCAGGAGGAGCGCCUCGUGCUGCCGCUGCUGCGGGACACCACGCGCGCGCCGCCCUUCCGGCACCUCGGCUACGUGCUGCGUCUGCACUCCUCGCACGACAUCCAGGUGGAGUACGAGAGCGCGGCGUCGAGCGGCGUGCUGCAGGUGCCGCGCGGCGCCAGCCAGGCCUGCGUGGAGGGGGCGGCGCGCUACCAGCUCACCCCCCGCGGCCCCCACCUGUUCCAGCCGCCGCGCGCGCACGCCGACACCACGGCGCAGCUCCCGCCGACGAUACACUUCGUGGCCGUGGCGCACGCGGCGACGCUGCGGGUGACGUCACCGCUGUCGGUCGAUGACCUCGUGCUGAACAUCGACACGGACGAGUCCGGGGAGGAGCAGCAAGUGGGCCCCCUGACGCCCCAGGAGCAGCCCACCGGGGGGUACUCCUAUGAGCACACUAUUUAUUUGGCAGAGGGCUCGGAGGCUCAAGUGUCGGCCUACUCCAGCCGCCUGCUGUUCUCUCCGCCGCGGGGCCGCGCGGGGGCCGGGGGGGCGCUGCUGCUGCGGGGGCGGCCCGCGCUCACCGUGGCGGGCACCACGCAGCCCCCCCUGCCGGGCGUCACCGUCACGCUCAGCGCAGAGGACAUGUCGCUGACGCAAGUGACGGCGGAGGACGGCACGUACAGCUUCGGGCCGCUGGACUCCAGCAAGUCGUACUCCGUGACGGCGGAGAAGGAGUCCUACGUGUUCGCGGCGCCCGACGCGGACGGCGUCAUCCGCGCGCACAAGCUGGCCGAGAUCGUGGUGGAGCUGGUGGACGACGCGGACGACACCCCCCUGCAGGAGGCGCUGGUGUCGGUGAGCGGCGGCGCGUACCGGCGCACGCAGUCGGGCGCGGCGCUGACGUUCGGUUCGCUGGCGCCGGCGCAGUACUACGUGCGGCCGCACCUCAAGGAGUACCGCUUCGCGCCGCCGCACCGCCUCGUGCUGGUGCGGGACGGCGCCGCGCACCGCGUGCAGCUGCGCGGCGUGCGCACGGCGUGGUCGUGCUGCGGGCGCGCGCGCGACGUGUCGGGGCGCGGCUGGGCGGGCGCCGGCGUGCGCGCAGUGCCGCACCACGAGCGCUGCCCCUCCGCGCACGCAGAGCACGCCACCACUGACGACGACGGCUCCUUCAGGAUCCGCGGCCUGCUGCCGGGCUGCACCUACACCAUCGAGCUGCAAGAGUCCGACGCCCCCGAGCUGGCGGGGCUGAAGAUCGUUAGAGCGCCGGCUACAAUCGAGGUGACGGACAACAAGGACAUCCUGGGCGUGGAGCUGGUGGCGGUGCGGCCGCAGCGCACCACGGACGGCGCCGUGCUGGUGCGCGCCGCGCUGCCGCACUACCGCACGCUGGUGCUCAGCCUCGCCGCGUCUGCCGCGACUGCCGCGUCCGCCGCGCCCGCCCGCAUCUACUCCGUCAAGCUGGACCCCGCGGGCUACACGGAGGCUUCGAACCCGGGGCUCGUGUACGCGCUGCCGCGGCUGCCGGCGGACAACAGGUCGUACGUGCUGUCGCUGGAGUCCACGCUGCCGCGCGCCACGCACGCCUACGGGGACCACGUCUACCACUUCAACUCCGAUGGGAACUACAAACAUUUCACCAUUGAUUUCGUGCCGAAGGUGAGAGCGUCGGAACAGGAGCUGCGGGCCAGCUCCAUGCUGGCGCUGCCGCUGCUGGCGCUGCUGGCGGCGCUGUACGCCGCGCGGGCCCGCCUGCUGGACGUCGCCGCACGUGCCAUGCGACGGCACCCCACGCCCACCAAGCAGCAUAAGAAGAAGCUAUGAGACGCCCCCCCGCCCCUCUAGGGAACCUUAAUGCUUUGCCUAUUUCUACCGUGAAGCAGUAAUGCGUUUCGGUUUGAAGGGUGGGGCAGCCAUAGUAACUAUACUUGAGACCUUAGAACUUAUAUCUCAAGG